UCUGUUUUUUAUAAGAAUCUUAUCACUGUUCAUGCUUUUAUUUGCGUGAAUUAUAAAGUUAUGAAGUUAUUUUUAAUGAACUAUUUAGAGGAGUUCAUUAACGCUGUACUGUUCCGUCUGCAGCGCCUCUUCUCUCCAGCAGGUGGCGGUAACACGUUGAACGUUUUUUUUUUUACCAAUAAUAAACCCAAAGAAGAAGAACGAACUGUGUUUUUGUUUGAGGUGGAAACAGCCGAAGAAGACGGAGUCCGUUAUCAUCAUCAGGGUGUGUUUGUUCGUCUGAGAAAAGUGUUGAAGGAGAGUGAAUGUGUUGAUACAGACCGAUCGGAGAUGUACUACUAUCGAUAUGAGAGUGCUGAGGUCAGCUGCUGCUACAAAUACCUGAUGUUCAGUUACAACAUCAUCUUCUGGCUGGCUGGAGCUGCCUUCAUCGCGGCUGGUUUCUGGGCGUGGAGUGAAAAGGGAAUCCUGUUGGAUCUGACCCAGGUGACCCAGCUGCAUGGUUUUGACCCGGUCUGGUUGGUCCUGGUGGUGGGUGGAGUCACCUUCAUCCUGGGCUUCGCUGGCUGUGUGGGAGCUCUGAGAGAAAACAUUUGUUUGCUAAAGUUUUUUUCCGGUGUGAUCGGCUUCAUCUUCAUCCUGGAGCUGACGGUGGCGGUCCUGGCGGUGGUCUUUCAGAGUCAGGUCAGAGAAUGGAUCAACGAUUUCUUCCUGGCAAACAUCAGAGCAUACAGAGACGACAUCGACCUGCAGAACCUUAUAGACUCUCUGCAGAAGAUGAACCACUGCUGUGGAGCGCAGGAACCAGAGGACUGGGAUCUGAAUGUAUAUUUCAGUUGUAACGGGAGUCAUCGCAGCAGAGAGAAGUGUGGAGUUCCUUUCUCCUGCUGCAUCACUGAUCCUGCUGACUCGGUGGUGAACACUCAGUGUGGCUAUGACGUCAGAAACAGACCAAAGAGGGACUGGAGCGAUCACAUCUACGUUAAAGGUUGCAUCACUGCGUUGGAGGACUGGCUGCCGGGGAAUCUGUACACGGUGGCCAUCGUCUUCAUCGUCAUCUCUCUGCUGCAGAUGGUGGGGAUCUACCUGGCCAGAACUCUGAUCUCUGACAUUGAGAAGGUCAAAUUCAGCUACUGAAACUAAACCUGUAGGGGCGGGGUCAUCCUUCAGGGGCGGAGCCUCCACCAGGCGUUACUGGACCAAGUUUCUUCAGUCAGACGUGCCUUCUUCUUCUUCUUCUUCUUCUUCUUCUUCUUCUUCUUCUUCUUCUUCUUCUUCUUCUUCUUCUUCUUCUUCUUCUUGUGUUUCUUCAGUGCUGCCUUCACUUCCUGUCAUCAGGGUGAUGACCUCGGAGCCUCCACAGUCCUGAACGUGUUUUGUUCUUCUUGAAUGGAAAUUGAAUCUUGUGAUUGUCUUCCUGGACUUUGAGCUCUUUGCGAUUGUGUUGCUCUGUAGAUGUUUUUGUAUUUGUGUUGUUGUUUUGUCACUGAGAGCCUCACGGUCUAACAGACGUGUUCCUGCUCAGCACCAGACUGCCUUCACUUUUCCUGCAGUUUACAAAUGAUGCUGCAGCUUCAGGCCUUUUCUACUGUUUCAGUCCUCUGUGAAUGUUUAUUGAACCAUGUGACCUUUGACCUGAUUGGUUGUUUACUGUUCAGUGCCUCCUUCAUCAUCAUCAUCAUCAUCAUCGUCAUCAUCAUCGUCAUCAUCAUCACCACCUUCAGGUUGAACUCAGGUCUUUUGUUUCGCUCUCUUUCACUCUGUGAUCAUGUGACUGAAUCUACUAAUUUCCUUGAUCAAUCAAUUAAUCAUGAAGUAUUGAUAAAUGUCUUGUUUUGUCCAAAACCCAAAGAGAUCUGAGUUUAUAUUUUGAUAAAUGACUGAAAUGAUUAAUUGAUUAUCAAACUGGUUGCUGAUUAGUUUACUGUCUUCAUUGUCUGUGAUUUAAAACAGGAAGUGAAUGUUUGAUGGAAUCUAGUUGAGCCAAUAAGAGAAGGAUGAGUCAGUGAUGUCACCCAGGUGUGAUGCAGCAGGUGAAGUUGUCUGUCUUCACUGUGAUCACGUAGAUCCGACCGCAUCAACAUGUUCAUGCGAAUUUUCCCAUCACAGGAUCAAUAAAAAUACCAGCUCACUUGUGAUCAGUGUGAAGCUGAUCAGCGUUGAACCCUGAUCAAUCACCAUCAUGAUUGAUUUAAGGUGUCCUUUCAAAAUGUUAAUGAGAUGCGAACAUUAAAAUCAGCUGAUCGAUCAAUUUAGUUUAGAUCAGUUUAGAUUUACUCGACAAGACAAAACGGAACGUAAACGGUCGAUGUCAAGCUCUCAUUGGAUAACAGAGCACCACAGAAGAAGAGUCACAGCGCUGUGGGUCAUGUGAUCGCAGGAGACAGAACUUUAUUGACACUGGAUUCAUGUUAACAGGUUGAAUGUUUGAAUUGUUUUGUAUGAAUAAAGAUUUCAGGAUGUGUGAGCCAAUCAGUACAAAUGUUUAAUUUUCUGUUUGUUAAUGAAAUGAAAUCUUUAAAUCACAGACGACUUUUAUUCUGAAGGGAUUCUGCUUUGUUUUGUAUCCAAGUGAAUUUUUGUAUUCGACAAAAUAAAAUGGAUUUUGGUCUGA